GUGAAAAUGUCAGUGAACCGUAAACGAGCCUCCUGUGGUCUGGAAAUUGCAAAUCCUACAGAUCUAGAUGCCUGCAUCACUGCUGGGACUCAUUCUAACUACGACUUCAUCUGUGUCCCAAUAGUUCACCCCAGAUAUGCGCGGGAGUUUGAUCCUCACAAACCAGCGUACAACAGAAAUGCGCCACUCACAAGAGCUGAUAUCCUGCUAGCUGGUAGUGACUGGUCUAGCUACGUAGUUGGGAAGUUGGACACCUCCAUCAACGUGGACAGCGUUGUCCCCUCCAUCAGGAAAAUCAGCGAGGCCAAGUUGACGGAGGAACUCAAGUACGCCAGUCAUCUAGGACUUCCGGCAGUUAUGGUUCGUUUAACUGGUGAGCACCAGCCAAAUCUGGCCAGAAUUCUGUCCAAUUCUGUGUGUAGGGAUCAGGGGAUACAGAUCUGGGCACAGGUUCCAAUCUCUUCUGCUGACUGUAACAAGUAUGAAGACUUAGAGCCCGGCAGAGAGAUAAUUUCUUCAUGGAGUUGGUGGAAUAGAUUCCGGUUGCUGGGUAACAUGAGCUCUAAGAUAAACCUCUGCCUGGAGAUGGUUGAAACUAUUCCAGAAGAAAUAGAAGUUCUUCGCUGGCUGGGAGAACCAAUCAAGGAAUUCAUGAAUGAUACGAACGACCCCCUGUGUUCCUUUGCUCGAGGAUUCGAGGACUUUCUUCAGAUUCCUCUUCAGCCUCUCAUGGACAACCUCGAGAGCAGUACUUAUGAAGUAUUUGAGCGUGACCCAGUGAAGUAUUCCCAAUAUUUAGCGGCCAUGCAGGCUGCUAUAACAGAUAUGAUACCGGAGGAAGAGAAAGCAACUAAGGUUCUGACUGUGAUGGUUGUGGGGGCUGGUCGUGGUCCUCUUGUAAAAGCUGCAAUCUCAGCUAGCAAGAAUGCUGGUCGACUGAUCCGUGUUUUUGCUGUGGAGAAAAACCCUAAUGCUAUUGUUACUCUUCAUCAUCUCAAGAUUGAGGAGUGGAAAGAUCAGGUUACCGUGAUAUCCAGUGAUAUGAGGGAUUGGAAUCCUCCAGCUGAAGAUUAUGCAGAUAUUCUAGUAUCAGAACUACUAGGAAGUUUCGGGGACAACGAACUCAGUCCUGAAUGUUUGGAUGGUGCUCAAAAAUUCCUUAAACCUGGCGGUAUCUCCAUCCCAUCCUCAUACACCUCGUUCAUCGGACCUAUUCAGAGUUCCAAACUGUUUAACGAGUACAGGAACAGUAAGGAUGAUACAAAACAUCCUAAGGCAGCGUUUGAAACUCCAUAUGUUGUUCAUCUUCUGAACCGAGUUGAGCUGGAUGAGCCCCAACCCUUGUUCACCUUCGACCAUCCUAACCUAGACAGAAUCAUAGACAACUCCAGGUUCAAGGAGUUGGACUUUAAAAUCCGUUGUGACAGUGUUCUGCAUGGAUUUGGCGGGUACUUUGAGUGUACACUGUACAAGAAUAUAAUGAUCAGUAUUCUACCUGCUACUCAUAGUCCAGAAAUGUUCUCCUGGUUUCCUAUAAUGUUCCCAUUACUGGAACCCCUGCAGAUGAAGAGAGGGGAGAACCUGAAGUUAAAUUUCUGGAGAUGUGUUUCUAAGCAUCAUGUCUGGUAUGAAUGGAGUAUAUCUGAACCCAUCUGUUCUCCAGUUCAUAAUCCUAAUGGAAGAUCCUAUCAGAUAGGAUUAUAAGAAGAUCCUACCAGGAUUAUAAUUCAUCACACUCCAACAGUGCUGAUUUUAUUGUAAUCCACAAAUGGAAGAUUCAUUCAUGCGGCAUUUCCCGCAUUUAAUCAUUAAAAUACUUAAAUAUUAAUUGAAAUUCUGUCAAAUGCCAAAUGCCAAAUUUCCCAGUUAUUUGAAAAGUUUUAAUGUCAAUACCCUCAUAGAAUUGAAAGUUCUCUUUUUCCCCUUGUCAUAAUUCAAGUAUUCUAUCAAAUUUGAAAUUAAAAAUAAUUCCCUUUGCCAUUGCAUUAAAUGUUUACAAUCAGCUGUUCAAUUCCUGGUGAUGAUAUUUGUUUAUAAAUAUCAUACAAAUCAUGACUCAUUUUUUAGA